UGACACAGAGUAACUCGAUUUUUUUAACGUGCAAAUCCUAAAUACUAAUUUAUUUUUGAAGAACUACUGCUACAGAGCAGAUGCUAAAGGAAAUGACAUCAGUUUUAGUUCGUCACAACCGUUACCUCAUCAAACAUUUUAAGAUGUAAAGUUUAUCGCAGCAGCCUCAGAGUUGAGAAUGGUUGACUGACACAAAAGCAACAAACACUUGUUAAAGCGCGUCGACAAAACAACUGACGACAGUUUUAAGAGUACCAAACACUUCAGAAUCAGCAUGAACACAGCAGCUUCAGCUUGAGAUCAGACUCCAGCACAGCACAUCACGAUGAUGACUACAAUCAGCAGAGAUGCGCCGGUGCAGAGGAAUGCAACAUAAAAUACAGGAGAGACUCACAGCACUCGCAUUCACCACUGAACACAACACUGAACAAUACUGCACUGAUGAAGAGGAGGAGGAGGAAGAACACUGAGAAGAGUUGAGCACAUCACGAUGAUGACUACAAUCAGCAGAGAUAGGGCAGCGCAGAGGAACGCGAUGUUAAAUACAGAUGAAGACUCAUUUGCUGCUGCUGUUUCUUCCAGUUGGGAUGUUUGGAGUUGAUUCACAUGGAGUUUCAGUGAUGGAGGGAGAUCCAGUCACUCUACCGACCAAUGUUACAAUAACCCAACAGGAAGAUGUUAAAUAUUAUUUCAACAACACUCUUAUCGCUCAACUCACUGGGGAUCUCCGUUUUAAUUGUACUGAUGUGCAGUGUAAUGAAGCUAAUAAGAGAUUCAGAGGACGACUGAAGCUGGACAAUGAAACUGGAUCUCUGACCAUCACGAACACCACAAGCACAGACACUGGAGGUUAUCACCAAGAGAUCAUCGGCAGUGGCACCAUCCAUGAAAAUAUCUUCAAUGUUUCUGUUCACAAUGUUUCUGCUGCUGAACGAGAUGAAAUAAAGAGAAAUUCAGCCAAGGAGGGAGAGUCUGAUACCUCAGACUCUGAUGAAAAUAAUCUAAAUGAUUCAGGUCGCUUAAUUCUUGCUGUAGCAGGAAUAUGUGCUGUUGUUGUCAUUGCUGCUUUUGCUUUUGCGACAUCAGCAAGGUGUGCAGUCAACAGGCAGGUGGUGUUGAACACUCAAACAAUGGCAUCAUUCCCACCUACUCAAGACAGACGGAGGGCAUUAAUAUUGUAGUAAUGUGCACUAGUCAUUAGUCAUAAAUUAGUCAUAAAAAAAAAAUUUGUAUUUUUUAUACUGACCUACACUGCAGAGCUUUUAUUGACAACUACAAUAGAUACAUGGACCUCAGUAAUCUAUUUAGCUAUUUACCAAAAAGUGACAUUAUUAGGAUUGUUUUUUUUUUAAACAAUUUUUUUUUUAAAUAUUCCUGUCUUGUUUCCUUUUCACAUGUUAUACGCUGCAUUCCAGACUAAAUCUGAGCUGUGAAAGGUCAGUCACAUAUUCACUUACCAUGAGACGUAGAAAGCAUUUCACUAAAUAACAACACUAACUCUUAAAAAAAAAUCAGCUUAUAAACACCAGAAAAUACGCUUGCAUGUAUUUUUAUAAAGCUAGCUAAUGUCAUCUCAGAAAUAAGCUUUAAUACUACAGUCCCAUUCAUUUUGUGCUCUAACCAGAAUUUGUUUACAUUUCAUUUAUUGUUCAUUCACUCAAAAAUGAGAAUUCUGUUAUUAACUACUCACCCUCAUGUCAUUCCGAAUCCCUGAGACCUUUGUUCAUCUCUGAAACACAAAUUUAGAUAUUUUAGAUGAAGUCCAAGAGCUCCCUCAUCCUAGACAGCAAGGGUCCCACUUAUUCAAGUCCAGAAAAAUACCAAAAAAAUCUCAAUAUAUUCCUGUACCUUGAGUGGGUUGUUCAAUCAGAAUAUUUUAAAGUAGCAAGAAUCCUUUUGUGUGCACAUAAAACAAAAAUAAUAACUUUAUUCAACAGAUUCUUCUCCUCGGUGUCAGUAUAGGGUGCUCAUUUGCGUGUCACACUUGGUUUCACAUGCUGAUAUAUUACCUCCAGUGAUAGAAAGUUGACUCUGACCUCUGAGUCUCGUUCAGCAAGGUGAACAAAUCUUUUAUUUUAAUCAUUUUGCGCAAUUUGCCAAAAUAUUAUUAAAAUGUUACGAGUCGCUUCCAACCUCAUCUACAACUACUGUAGCCCAAACCUUGAUCACACUACAAAAAAUUCACAACUAGAAUGCUCUAAGAAAGAGAAAGUAAACAUGGUCUAUGAUUAUGUCAGCUCACCUCUUUUGACAGGUCUUCAAAUUUGAGUGGUUCAUUCACAUCACACACACAGUCCCAUAUAAGCUUAACCAUGCACACACACACACUAUGAGUCAAUAGGAGCCAUUAGUUCACCUUUCGAGUCUUCUGGUUUUUGAGGUCUUUGUUCAUCACGUGACAGCAUGUAAAGAGAUGACUCAAACCUGAGGACUUGAGAUAUUUAUGGAUCAAAUCUUUUCCGGUUCUGACUGCAUAUGAUUGGCUUCUGUCUUUCAUGUGUUGAAUAAACGCCUCAAACCCAAUACAAGACUCAAUAAAGGAACUAGUCUUUUCCUCCACCUGCACAAAUGUGCACAUGCACAAAUGAAUGAAUCACUCCAUGAUAAGACUCAUCAUUCUCAUCAUUCAAAAUGAGUGAAUCUUCAAAACACAACUUAAGAUAUUUUAGACGAAAUCUGAGAGCUCUUUCAUUCUUCGUAGGCAGCAGCAGUCCAGAGAAGUUAAAAGUCCUUUAAAGGAACCAAAAACUUUGUCAUAAGUUUCCAUGUGACUUCAGUGGUUUUAUCAUAAUCAUUUGAAGCUCCAAAAGCUUUGAAAACACAAGUUGAGGGUGAGCAAUUAAUAACUGAAUUUUCAUUUUUGGGUGAACUAACCCAUUAAGGUGCAUCUCAGUCUGCCCUGAGUUAACAGGUUGGAUGUCAAAUCCAAUUGGUAUUGUAGAUGUUAUUUCCAUGUAAAAAAAUUAUAGUAAAAUACUAAUUUUGAGUCGUCUGGAAUGCAGCAGCAUAUGUCAUUAUGGAAUAUUGUAAUGUAAUGUGUAUUUAUAUAGCACAUUUAUCAUGUAUGGUCAUACACCCAAAGCGCUUCACAAUUAUAAGGGGGUCUCUCCACACCACCACCAGUGUGCAGCAUCCACUUGCAUAUUGUUGUCCUUGUUCUCAAUUUGUAGGUUAGUAAUUCAAAACUUUAUAUAAUUAAAUUGCCAUUGUCUGUUCCUGUGUAAA